GUGGUUCUGUCUCUGUUCGUUGUUUGAGCUUGUUGUGUUGGUCAAGUGUGUGCUAUGGAGAAGGAAAAGGGCAAGAAGGUGAAGGUGUUGAGCACGAGCUCGCUCCAAAUAAACGAAAAUGACGCCUCUCACUUGGUCGGUUCCAUCGUCGAAAAGGGUAUCUCUCAUUCACUCAACAGUAACCUCUCUUUCCCCAAACCCACCGUUCUUCCUUUUCCCGUUGCACGCCAUCGUUCACAUGGUCCUCAUUGGCGUCCGUUGAAUAGUAAAGGGGAUGAUGACAAUGAGGGUGAUGAUAGUGAUAAUAAUGUUGAGGAUGAAGAAGAUAAAAAUUUCCAGGAGUUUGCAAGAGUUGCAACCUUUGCUAAGCCGGUUCAAAGGAGGAGGAAAAAGGGUUUGGAUUUUAGAAAAUGGAAGGAGAUCACCCAGGAUGGUAAUUCUUCCUUGGCGAAGGAAUCCAAGGAGGAUGUAACAAGCUUUAGCCAAACUACAGGGAAAAAGAAAAAUGUAAAAGGCAGCAAGAGUGCAGACAAGAAAACCUCAUCUUCUUCUGAUGGUAAUGUCAGUUCUUCUAUGGAAGUUGAUGUUAAACUGCAGUUAGAUAGCUCAGAUGGCGGGUUUACAAAUUCAGCUACAGCUAUGGAAAUAGAUACAUCAAAUGAGGUAGAUCAUCGGGAAAAAGUUAAAUACACCAGAAGUUAUGAUGACAAGGAAGAAAAUGAAUCUGUGCCUGAAUGGGACCAAAUUUGCUCUGAUUUGCAAAGGCCAGGGCAAGCUUACUUGACUUCAAGCACAUUGUCUUGUUCUAGUUCCAAUAACAUUAGAAGUGAACAAAAGUCCGUGUCUGUUGAGAGUGAAAUUGAUGCUGAGAAUCGAGCUCGGAUUCGGCAAAUGUCAUCUGAGGAGAUUGCUGAAGCCCAGGCUGAGAUAAUGGAGAAGAUGCACCCUGCAUUACUAAAAGUACUACAGAAGAGGGGGCAGGAGAAAUUGAAGAAACAUUUUAGUUUAAAAUCAGAAGUGGGUACUGUCUCAGAAUCUGUGAAUGGACACAUUCAGGACCCUCAAGAUGAAAAGCAUCUGCAUACAGAGAAUGGCAUCUCUCAUGCAGUGAUGACUCCACCAUCCAAAGAAAAGCUAGAUGAUGAGAAAUUUAGCAGAAAGACUUCAACCAGCACUAGUAGUAGCUCAUGGAAUGCUUGGAGCAAUAGAGUUGAGGCUAUUAGAGAGUUACGAUUUUCCUUGGCUGGGGAUGUUGUAGAUUCUGAACGGGUAUCAGUCUAUGAUAAUGUCACUGAACGUGACUAUCUGCGGACUGAGGGAGAUCCUGGUGCUGCCGGUUAUACAAUUAAAGAAGCAGUGGCACUCACUAGAAGUGUGAUUCCUGGACAAAGGGCACUUGCAUUGCAUCUCCUUUCAUCUGUGCUUGAUAAGGCAUUACACUAUAUUUGCAAAGACAGAACAGGGCAUGUGGCAAAAGUUGAGAACAAAUUUGACAAAUCAGUUGACUGGGAGGCUGUUUGGGCUUUUGCACUUGGUCCAGAACCUGAGCUUGUGUUGUCACUUAGGAUGUGUCUUGAUGAUAACCACAAUUCAGUAGUUCUGGCCUGUGGAAAAGUUGUUCAAUGUGUGUUGAGUUGUGAUGCAAAUGAGAACUACUGUGAUAUCUCAGAUAAGAUAGCAACUUGUGACAUGGAAAUUUGCACAGCUCCAAUUUUUAGGAGCAGACCAGAUAUUAAUUUUGGAUUUCUUCAAGGGGGUUUCUGGAAAUACAGUGCCAAGCCUUCUAAUAUUCUUCCUUUCAGUGAGGAUUCAAUGCAUAAUGAGACUGAAGGAAAACAUACUAUUCAAGAUGAUGUAGUGGUUGCUGGGCAAGAUUUUACUGUAGGUCUAGUUCGAAUGGGAAUCCUUCCUAGACUUCGUUAUCUUUUGGAGACAGAUCCUACCACAGCUUUAGAAGAAUGUAUUAUUUCUAUAUUGAUUGCCAUAGCGAGGCAUUCACCUACAUGUGCUAAUGCUGUACUGAAAUGCGAAAGACUUAUUAAGACAAUUGUGAAUAGGUUUACUGCUGACAAUUUUGAAAUUCGAUCUUCUAUGAUCAAAUCUGUAAGACUCUUGAAGGUGCUAGCUCGGUUGGACAGGAAAACGUGUUUGGAGUUUAUAAAGAGUGGUUAUUUUCAGGCUAUGACUUGGAAUUUAUAUCAAAAUCCUUCUUCCAUGGAUCACUGGCUAAAGCUAGGGAAGGAAAAAUGUAAACUUGUGUCUGCUUUGAUUGUUGAACAAAUGCGUUUCUGGAGGGUUUGCAUUCAAUAUGGAUAUUGUGUAUCUUACUUCUCGGAAAUGUUCCCUGCCUUGUGCUUCUGGUUGAAUCCACCUUCAUUUGAAAAACUUGUUGAAAACAAUGUUUUGUAUGAAUCUACUUCCAUCUCUAGGCAGGCAUACCUUGUUCUGGAGUCAUUGGCCGGGAGACUUCCAAAUCUAUUUUCAAAGCAGUGUGAGCCCACUGGUGACUCAGAGGUAUGGUCUUGGAGUUAUGUUGGUCCAAUGGUUGACUUAGCCAUAAAGUGGGUAGCAACUAGAAGCGAUCCAGAAGUAUCUAAGUUCUUUGAGGCACUGAAAGAAAGGAGACAUGACUUUACUUUCCAAGACCUUUCUGCAACUCAUUUGUUAUGGGUGUAUGCUGCUGUGACUCACAUGCUUUUCAGGGUGCUUGAAAGGGUGACAUGGGGGGAUACUAUCAGCCCCCUGGAAAAUAAAGGGCAUGUGCCAUGGCUUCCAGAAUUUGUACCUAAGAUUGGACUUGAGUUGGUCAAAUAUUGGCUUAUGGGCUUUUCAGCAUCCUUUGGGACAAAAUUUGGAAGAGAUUCUGAAGGUGAAUCUUUUAUGAAGGAACUGGUUUAUUUGAGGCAGAAGGAUGAUAUUGAAAUGUCUUUAGCUUCCACAUGUUGUCUAAAUGGAAUGGUCAAGAUUAUUAAUACAAUUGAUAAUCUGAUACAGUCUGCCAAGAUUGGCACAUGUAGUCUCCCACGCAAAGAUCUAAGUCUCUCAGAAGAAGGAAAAGUGCUCGAGGAUGGCAUCGUUAAUAGGUGUUUGGUUGAAUUAAGGUAUAUACUUGAUGUUUUCAUGUUAUCAGUUUCUUCAGAGUGGCACCGCAUACAGUCCACUGAGUCAUUUGGUAGAGGCGGACCGGUCCCAGGAGCAGGAAUUGGAUGGGGUGCCCCAGGUGGAGGAUUUUGGUCGGAAACAGUUUUAUUGGCACAAACAGAUGCAAGAUUUCUCCUUUAUUUGAUGGAAAUUUUUGAAAAUGCAUCUAAAGAUGUUCCUUUGACCGAAGAAACAACCUUCACCACGCAACAGGUUAAUGCUGGCUUGGGAGUGUGUUUAACUGCAGGGCCUAGAGAUAAGGUUGUUGUAGAAAAGACAUUGGAUCUCUUGUUCCGUGUCUCUGUUUUGAAGCACCUUGAUCUCUGCAUACAGAAUUUUCUCUUGAAUAGGAGGGGUAAAACCUUUAGCUGGCAACAUGAUGAAGAGGAUUAUAUGCACUUCAGCAGGAUGUUAUCAUCUUAUUUCAGGAGUAGAUGGUUGUCUGAAAAGGUGAAGUCUAAAGCUGUGGAUGGCAGUAGUUCCAUGGACAUUAAGACCCCUCCAAAAGUUGGUGCUUGUUUGGAAACCAUAUAUGAGGACUCAGACACGUCUUCCAUGACAAGUCCGUGCUAUAAUUCUUUGAUGAUAGAAUGGGCUCACCAGAAACUACCACUUCCAGUUCACUUUUAUCUUAGUCCAAUCUCAACAAUUUUGCCUAGGAAGCAGACUGAUAGUAUAAAAGUUGAUGAUGUACUACAGGAUCCCUCUAAUUUGCUUGAAGUUGCCAAAUGUGGGCUUUUCUUUGUUUUAGGUGUUGAAGCAAUGUCCAAUUUUCAAGGCACUAACAUUCCUUCUCCUAUUCAGCAUGUAUCGCUGACAUGGAAGUUGCAUUCCUUAUCUGUCAAUUUCCUUGUUGGAAUGGAAAUACUUGAGCAAGAUCGGAGCAGGGAUACUUUUGAAGCUUUACAGGACCUUUACGGUGAGCUUCUUGAUAAGGCAAGGGUUAACCAAAGUAAAGAAGUUAUUUCAGAUGAUAAAAAGCAUCUUGAAUUUUUGAGAUUCCAAUCUGAGAUUCAUGAAAGUUACUCAACUUUUAUUGAAGAACUUGUAGAGCAGUUUUCUGCUAUAUCUUAUGGUGAUGUGAUUUUUGGUCGUCAAGUUUCACUUUAUCUGCACCGUUGUGUUGAAACUUCCAAUCGACUUACCGCCUGGAAUGCACUGUCCAAUGGUCGUGUUCUUGAGCUUUUGCCACCUCUAGAAAAAUGCAUCUCAGGUGCAGAAGGAUACCUUGAACCUACUGAGGAUGAUGAAGGGAUUUUGGAGGCUUAUACCAAAUCGUGGGUUUCCGAUGCCCUGGACAGGGCUGAAAUUCGAGGAUCAGUGGCAUAUACUCUGGUUGUCCAUCAUCUUUCCUCAUUUAUAUUUGGUGACUGUCCAAAGGAUAAGUUAUUGCUGCGGAACAGACUUGCUAGGUCUCUCUUGCGAGAUUAUGCUGGGAAACAGAAGCAUGAGGGAAUGUUUCUGAACCUCAUUCACCAUAAGAAGCCACCAACAUGUGUCAUGGGGGAGCAGCUGAAUGGUGUACUUUCUGAAAAGAGUUGGUUAGAGUCCAGAUUAGAAAUAUUGGUUGAGGGUUGUGAGGGAAAUUCCUCUCUUUUGACAGUGGUAGAGAAGUUAAAGGCUGUUGUAGAAAAGAGUUAAUAGUGGUAAUCAAUAUAUAACCAUGUAAAUAUAAAAUGAGAUACACAAAAAGUAGAACAAAGGCUUUUAUGUAUAGAUUUUUGCAAUGGGGUCUCAAAUGUACUGGUUGGAGCAUACUGGCCACUGUUAUUGGUUCUUUUGUUAGAGUGGAGUCUGCUGAUCUUUUCAUCAAGAUUCUUGGUACCAAGUCCUAACGCAUGCUAUGUACAUAAUGAAAGAAUACUAGUAAUGCAGUUGGGUUGUUAUAAACUUAUAUUUAUUUUCUCUUUGAUCUCAUUUUCAUUUCAUUUUGUUU